AUGUGGUCUCGACUGGCCGAGGGCAUAGCUGACAUCGUCGCUCCCGAGGAGAUUGAGCUAGAACAUGAGAAGGAAAAGCAGCUUAAUGGCCAUUUGAACGCAGUUGUGGCACCUUCGCCGCAUCUAACUACAGCCAACGAAGCGGACGAGCAGGAGCAGUAUAUCUGCGAGCUUGAGCGUGCUCUGUUACAGCGAAAAAAACAAAACGAAGCCUUGGAAGAAAAAGUGCUAGAGACUAGAGAAGAAGUUCAGCAGCUAAAAAGUCUUCUGAAAGCGCAGGAGGUAAGCAUUUCCGAACAGAAGAUCAUUAUUGAUAAUUUUCAAAUUGUUAGACAAGACGAAAAAAGAGCAGAACGAUUCGAUACAGAAUGUGAUAGUGAUCGACUUGUGCAAAAGUUACAGGAAUCUCAAGCUGAGACAGCCGCUCUGAGGACGCAGUAUCAUGCUCAAGAAAAGGAACUUAUUGUGCUACGUGACCGAGUUGACGAACUAGAGGCUGCCAAUGAGACAUUACGUGAUGACGACCGAGAGGCUCGUUUGAGAGCUGUUGAGUAUGAGCAAGGAUACAUGAAUUUAUUAGCUGAAAUGGAUAAGCUCAGGACGACAAACGAAAUGGAAAAGAAGCUUGAAGAUUUAAGCUUGGCUGAAAGUCAGAAAGUGUAUGAUCUGGAAGCUCGAUUAUUGGCGUCGGAAGCAGAUAAGGCAGUUGCCCAAAACGAUGCUGAGAGACUGUUACGAAAUUUAAAUGCUCUGGAAGGAGUCCUUCAUCAAUUUCAAGUAGACAGCAAGUCACGUAAAGAAUAUGUGGCUACGAUAGAAGCAGAACUUGAACAGAUGAAGAAAGAAUUGCGAACUCGACAGACUAAUUUGAAGCCUAUGGAAGAAGAAGCAAGUGAGCUACAGCGUGUAAAAGAAGCAUUGGAGAAGAAGACUCGUGAAUGUGAUCAGCUUCGGGAGGCACUUGAAAGCACUGCAAUGCAUUACAACUCAGGACGUGAAGUUCUGAACAAAAGUCUUGCUGCUCAACUGGUGGUGGCAUAUGUUGAUAGUACCAAGAAGGGUGAAAUCCUUCAGUUAAUGGCGCGGAUGAUGGACUUCACUGAAGAGCAAAAGCGCAGAGUUGGUUUAAGCUGCCCUAUUCAAGGUAAUGGAGGUGGAGGACUUUUUUCAUCGAUUAUCGGGCUUGUAGCUCCAGAUGAGAGCGAGAUUGUUCCCGUUGAUCCAUCUGCGAUCGAAGGCAAGAGUUUUGCAGAUAUGUGGUCGCAAUUUUUGCUCGACGAAGUGUCGAAAGGAAAGUAA